CCCCGUUACGACCCCUAUUUGUUAAGCGGGCUGACCGUUAGUGGGAACAGAUGGACUCUGAUCGCCAAUUGGAUAACUGUGCCGCCGUCUGCUUCCUAGCCGGCGAUUAUGCCGAUGGCCACCAACAAGAUAGACGGAAAAUCUGCUCGAACUGUGAUAGGCCAGUAAAAGUUUGUUUAUGCAACAUAAUCCCAUCGGAGCCGAUAACCACUGUUACUCGAAUCGUAAUUCUUCACCACCCUCACGAGCAGCGCCACAAGCUUGCUACGGUUCCUGUUCUAUCCAAGUGCCUCGACAAUUGCGAUGUUAUUGUUGGACGGAGAUUACGCUACGGUGUUUGCGACAUUCUCGAUUCUCUCCAUGAUGAUGCUCUUCGAAACCCUAAUUUCACCAGCAGAGCUAUUUAUCUAUUUCCUGGUGCUGAUACUUCACCAUCUCAGGAAAUCAACCAUUGGAAGUCCUCUAAAAAUAAUGUAGAGAUGACUAAUUAUGUCUUGAUUGCUUUUGAUGGAACUUGGAAGCAUGCCCGAGAGAUGAUGCGAGCAAGCUUAUCUUUUCUGUCCAAGUUUGCUGUUCAGGUUCACUUAGACUAUGAUAUUGGCAAUGACGGUGGGACGAUCUUCAAUUCUGAUUUAAUUCUUAGGAAGGAACCGUUUAGUGGGUGCAUGAGUACCAUGGAGGCAGUAGCGCAUUGCUUACGGAUCCUUGAGCCUAAUGGAAUCAGUAUAGAGUCAAAUUUGAUAGAGGUUUUAAGAAGUAUGGUUAAAUUUCAGGCUUCUUUCUUCAAGCCUAUGAAACCUAGGCCAAAAUUGAUAAAGGGAGGACGAGAGGGAAAAAUAUAAUUGCUCUGUUCCAUUUUCUGUGUUUUUGAAGCAACAUUUAGCACAAGGAUUGCCUCGAAGCUCUUUUGAUUAUCACGUGCCAGACUGAUCAAUCCAUCUGCCUGUA